UUCAGAGUUUACAAUUUGAAUACAGGAUAGUUUACAGGCUUUCAAAAUAUCUUUUCCUGACAAGUGAUUUAACAGUGCGGUCAGCUAAUUAGGAAGAGAUUACAUAUAAAACUUUGCAUACGGACGGAACUCUUACAAAACAACCAUACCAUUAUGCAUUGAUUUACCGUUUUUACAAUGUGCCACAUAUUACUAUAGUUUACUAUGUGCAACAUUUUAUUUAACCUGUAUUAACACAGUUUUUGCUGCUAUGUUAAAGCUUUUUGAACAUAUUGUGUGGGAUUUAUUAGACUUGAAAGCAAUUAAGAUGAAUCUUAGAAGAUAAACAGGAUCAAUUCUACAUUUAAUAACCGAAGUUUGACUACUACUAGCAUUGUCGCACCAGAUAUUGGAAAAUUCAUUGAGAGAGUUAUGCGCAUACCAAUUAUCUAACUUUGAUUUAAACGGUUCAGGAAAUAAUCUGUGUAAGUGUAGAACUUUCGAAUAAAAAUAUCUUCAUUGGAAACAAAAGCGACAUGGCACUGGAAUUUGAUUCGGAUGAAAGUGACGCGGAGGAAAGAUCACCGUCUAGAGAAAGUAGGAAGUACAAAGUUCAUUCGUUAGAUUCUGGGUAUAAUAAACAAAAACCAAAACGUGAUCUUAUAGAUACACUUUUCACUUAUGUAAAUAGAGAUUUAUUGAUAUGUAAAUUAUUUUACUUCUUUUUCUUUGCGGCAUUUGGAUCACUCUUCCCACUGCUUGCAAUUUACUUCAAGCAGUUGGCUAUGAAUCCAACUCAGAGUGGUCUUUUAAUGGGAUUCCGACCAUUUAUAGAAUUUUGCAGUGCGCCAUUUUGGGGAAGUCUUGCUGACAGGUAUAGAAAAGCCAAAGAACUGCUCCUGUUUUCGUUGUUGUGUUGGAUAGUAUUCACUCUUGCUAUAGCGUUUGUUAAACCACCGCAUGACCAUUGUUUGACCGGAAAUGCCACUCAUGAGAUACCUCCCGGAUAUGUCCUUAGGUAUAAACGCGCUCUUAAUCAAGGUCCCAGUUACAAGGUUAUACCUAGCUCAACUACAAUUCAACCAGUUGACAUAGUCGGAAUUCUUCAAAGAAAGACAACUAUUCAUCCUCAUAUACAUACAGUGGCUCAUCAUGUAUACAAAGGCAUACACAAUGUACUUCAAAACAGCAAUAAGACAUCUGAAAUGAAAGGUAGUACCCACCACCCGAUUAUUGUUCAGAUCCAUAAAGGAAUGCACAAACUUCUAAACAUGUCCACCACUAAGCCAACACAGAGUCUUGAGACAACAACGAUAAAUAGAAAAUCUGAUGAUUCUAUCAAACCUAUGUUUAGUUCUAUAUAUUACGACAGGAAAGACGUUCAGGACACAUUUUUCACUUUACUUUUAUUGAUUGUCAUUGGUGAAUUCUUUAGUGCACCGGCCAUUACGUUUGUAGAUUCAGUAACACUUGAAUAUCUUGGCGAAGAUAUUGACAAUUAUGGCCGUCAACGUAUGUUCGGCUCGCUAGGUUGGGGUCUAGCAAUGUUUUUCGUUGGUCUUGCGUUAGAUCAUUCAUCAACUUUUCCAGAUCAUCCUUGUGGUAUUAAGCACAUUGCUGAAAAGAAUUAUACAAUUUGUUUUGCAGUCUUUUCUGUCUUGAUGAGUUGUGCUUUGAUAACUGCAACCCAGCUCCAAUUCAGACACCAUCAAGGCGGGAGAGACAUACAGCUUAUUGAAAUUGUAGUUCGGGUAAAAGAUAGGGUGAUGGAGAAAAUAACGGGCGAGAAACGUCCUCAUUCUGGGCUUCUUUUCGACGAUGCCGACAGUGAUAUAAACUACUUAGAAUCAAAAGCUGCUGUUCAAAAGCAAGCAUCGGAGCAACAGGAAGGCAUUGACUGUCAGAUUACUCUUGACAAGCGACCGGAUAUGGUCACUGAUGCUGUAUCCCAACCGACAGAAGACGCCGUUGAAGAACCAUUUUUAGGAAAAUGGAUCGCUGUUAUAAAGAUGCUUGCAACAUUCAAGUAUAUUUCAGUACUAUUUGUGUCCUGGUUUAUGGGAUUUGGUAUUGGUUUGAUAUUCACUUUCCUGUUUUGGCAUUUACAAGACAUUGGUGGUAGUCCUACAUUGUUUGGUGUGGCCUCCAUACUUAAUCAUGUUUCUGAAUUGCUAGCAUUCUUCUUUAGUCGUAAAAUAAUUUCUUCUUUUGGACAUAUUAGGGUGCUUUAUGCCGGUUUGUUGGGAAAUGUUGCAAGAUUUAUCUAUAUAUCGUUACUUAAGAAUCCAUGGUGGGUGCUUCCUUUUGAACUAAUACAGGGAGUUACCCACGCGGCUGUGUGGGCUGCCUGUUGUUCAUACAUCACACAUGCAAUUCCUUCCGAGCUACGUUCUUCUGCCCAGGGAAUAUUACAAGGAUUACAUCAUGGGUUAGGAAGAGGGUGUGGUGCUGUGUUUGGUGGUAUCAUGGUAUAUAGCUAUGGUACUGUAGUGACUUUCCGAGCUUAUGGAAUAACCUGUUUGAUAAUCUUGAUUUUCUAUGUUGGUCUUAAUCGUUUCUUUGGAAACAGAUCACAUUUCUCUUAUGGAUCUAGCAUGAAGCAUGAACGUCUUGAAGAGGAGUCGCCUACAUUACAUUUAGCUCCACAUGGUGUUCCCUCUGGAAUGGCGCGAGAUUUGUCUAGUAGUAGAUUGAAAGACGAAGGUAAUCCUACAUAUGGAUCUACAUACGACGAUGGAGAAAACGUAAAUACUGACCUCUACGAAACUGGUACAAAUAGGAUUUAUAUGGAUGGUCCUCCAGGAUUAGAUACACAAAUAUACCAACAACAACCAUAUAAUACGAAUGAUCAUAUGUAUGGUCCUUAACAAAGACUUCCAUCAUAGAAUAUCCAAUGUAGAACAUUAGUCAAGAGUUAUUUUCUGUUAAAUAUAUAUAACUAAUUAUGAAAAGGGAGUUAUAUGUAUAUUGUUACAUGUAAGUAUACCGGUAAAAACAUAAUUCUUUUUGUGUAACUGUCAAAAAUAAGCACCGGUAAAAAUUGGACGAAGACCUAAAAUUCAUUUAUGACUACUCAAAACAGAUUUUAGGAUGAAUGUUAGUUAAAUUAUCUAUUUAAAAGCAGGUGUUUAAUUUGUUAAACAAUUGUAUUUGUUUUAUUAUUUUUAUUUCAAAGUCAUUACCGACACAAGUAAAGUUAUUUGUGGUUAAUAGUAAAAGAAAGACAACACAUAGCUCAUGCCAAAGAUUGCGCCUACUAAUAAUUUGAUACAUAAUCUUACUUAAGCAGUAAACUGUUUGAGUCUAAAAGUUUCUACUAUUAUUUAACUUGAGUUAUGGAAUAAGUUGUUAUGAACUAAUCUCUACUUUAUAUACUUAUUUAUACUAUAUUCAACUUGUUAAUAAGAAUAUAAUACCUCCUAUAUCGUCCUCAUUAAACAAAAAAACGAGAAUUAAACUAAUUUCAGGAGAAGUAAAGUAUAAAUGCAAUCGAUGGAAGCCAUUGCCAAUCAAUUAAAUGCCUAUUUUGUAUUUUACAAUGGCUGUAAACAAGCUUGUAUGAAUAUCUUUUUGCCAGAGAGCAAAUGCCAGACAUCUUGGAUUUGUAUAAAUCUUAUAUUCGGCUGUGAACCAUAGGCGCUUACUUACAUGGCAAAACGUGAUAUCGAUUAAGAUUCUCUUCCAGUGUGGCAUUAACGUUGUGUAACGAAGGAAGCCCGUCGCAACAGGUUAGGCGACUUGCAAAAUAUUGGAGUAAAGAAUACAAUGUUUUAAAAGGAGGAAAAUAAGGCUGUGUAUUCUUUUCAACUUAAGAAUGAAUGUACUAACAUGAUUUUUGUAAAUUCGUAUGUUGAUGUAUGUCAUCCAUUAACACAACAUUUAGGAUCAAUUAGUUAUAUCAGCUAGAAGUAACAAAUGUAAACGUGCAUUACAAUUUUAAAUGUUUAGAAAAAAGUAGAAUAUCAAAUGUAGAAAAUAUUAUACUGUUCCAAAAACAGUGACAAAUUUGAA